AUGACGACUAGGCCUGUACAAUGGACUUUGACCGGAGAAGUAGCAGUAGUGAAGUGUGGCAAAUGUGACAAGCUUUGCAAGAAUUUAAGGGGACUGCAGAUACAUCAAGCCAAGACUGAUUGUGGGAAAUCAAACACCCAGACGCAACGCUCAGGCGGUACACCUGGUAAGACGUUGGAGGAUCCAAAUCAGGAAGAAUCCCAUAGAACUAGGAACCUCUACGCUUCGGAGAAUCUGGUUUCAAACACUCAGGGCGGGCAGCAGGAAGAGGACGACCAUGACCCCCUUCUUGAUCUGCUUCCCCUUCUGGACGAUGACACUAUAGAACAUGCAGAACCAGCACCACAGGCACAAACAGCUCCGGGAGAUGAUGAGAAGAGGCGCCCGCAGAAAGCAUGGCCCAAGACGACAGGCCGGCGAGCAUGGCAGGAGCUAGAUCAAGACGUUUCUGCUAUACUGGAAACAACCCUCCAGGGUCCAGCUGACAAAAAGAUAAGAGCAAUGACGGGUCUAAUCUAUACUGUAAGCAAAGAGAGGUACGGCUUAACUGAGAAGAAACCAGAUAAGCCAGCCCAUAUCAUCAGUAGGAGACAGAGGCUAAUCAAACAGACCAGGAAGGAGCUUAAACAUGUAAAGAGGCAGUAUAGAAAAAGCAAGGAAGAAGAGAAAGUUCCACUGGGUGACUGUUCAAGGCUAGAACCAGAAGACCCGCCAGAAACUCCUUUCGACACAAAGGAGCCAUCAUUGUCUGAGGUACAGCAUGUGGUGAAGAAAGCGAGGACAGGCUCAUCCCCAGGCCCGAAUGGCACACCUUAUCGAGUUUUUAAGAUGUGCCCAGGCAUACUUCGGAAACUAUGGUCUGUACUUAGAGUUAUUUGGAGAAAGGGCAAAAUCCCGGAUUGCUGGAAGAGAGCGGAGGGAAUAUUCGCCCCAAAGGAGAAGUACUCAACGGAUAUUGGUAAGUUCCGGACCAUUUCUCUCCUCAACGUAGAGGGAAAGAUAUUCUUUGCAGUCCUAGCCAAGCGGCUGACAACGUUCCUUAAAGACAACAACUACGUCGAUACGUCAAUUCAGAAAGGUGGAGUUCUCGGAUUUUCUGUGUGCGUCGAGCAUACCAGUGUUCUCAGCCUACUGAUCCGAGAAGCACGAGCGAACCAUGAUGACCUGACUGUAGUGUGGCUAGACCUUGACAACGCUUAUGGAUCGAUACCCCACAAGUUGAUUGAGAAGUCACUUGAGCAGUAUCAUGUACCAGAACACGUUUGUAACCUGGUAAAAGACUACUACAGAGGCAUUAAGCUACGCUUUGCUGUAGGAGACCAGACAACAGCAUGGCAAAGCUUGGAGAAAGGCAUUGUCACAGGAUGCACAAUCUCUGUGCUCCUGUUUGUAAAUGGGAAUGAACCUCAUCAUCAAUGCGGCGAAGAGAGAGAGAGAGACACGUGGUCCAAAAGCAGCAACAGGAAUCUACCUACCUCCAGUUAA